UUUUGAUUUAACCGGCUAUACAGAUUCUGAUUAUGCAGGAUGCAGGAUUGAUAGGAAGAGUACGUCUGGAAGCUGUCAAUUUCUAGGACGUCGGUUGGUUUCCUGGUAUAGCAAGAAGCAGCACUCUGUGUCUACUUCUACUGCUGAAGCUGAGUAUAUAGCUGCUGGAAGCUGCUGUGCUCAGAUCUUGUGGAUCAAGAACCAACUGAAUGAUUAUGGUGUUGUAGUAAACAAAAUUCCCAUAUUUUGUGAUAAUACAAGUGCCAUAGCCAUUUCCAACAAUCCGGUUCAACAUUCAAGAACCAAGCACAUUGAUAUCAGGUAUCAUUUCAUACGAGAACAUGUCAUGAAUGGUACAGUGGUGUUACACUUUGUACCCACGACUGAGCAAAUUGCUGACAUCUUCACUAAACCACUGGAUGAAUCCACUUUCUCUAAGCUGGUUUGUGAGUUAGGGAUGUUAAAUAUGACAUAGUUCUCUUGUAUAUGUUUUUCACAUGCAGUAUAUGUUUUUGUAUAUUUUUGUGAAUUUUCUGUAUAAUUAUAUCUAUUUUAUUAGAUUUGAUAUGAUUUUCUGUAUGUUAUCUGAUAAUAUUCUGAGUAAUUAUGCAUGUUUGUAUAUUAGUCCGUAAUUUUCUAAGUGCUCAUACACUCCCCUGUUCUAUUCCCUAAGCAUUUAGAUAAAUAUUGGUAAUUAUUUUGUAUUUUUCAAAAUUAAUUAAGCAUAAAUAUUUGAUUUUAAGUUAAUUCAUUUUAUUGAAUUAAAGUUAAAGUCAUAAGUAUUUAUAUUUAAUUAAAGUUGAAACUUACAAAAUAUUUGUGUAAUUUACAGUAUUGUUUUUAUUAUAGAUUUUUGAGGUUAAUUGCAAUAUGUUCUAUCUUUUUAAUUAAUCAAAAAUCAUAUUACUUUUAUUAUUAUUAUUUCUGUUUCAGCAAGACAAUACUUUUGUCUUCCUGAUUGUGGUGCUUUGACUGUUCGGUAAGACAAUUUAUAUUGUCUUACGCGAGUCAAUCAUAAGACAACUUAUUUUGUCUUACACACUUCGUGUCUUUCCUCUCUUGGAUGCUCGGUAAGACAAUUUAAAUUGUCUUACCCGAGUAACGCUAUUUCGAUGUUUACUGGUUGUUCAUCUCAGUCUCGGCAAGACAAUUUUUAUAAAUUGUCUUACCGAGAUAUCGAGAUAUCUGUUAGACAAAACCCGUUUGUCUUUCUAGUAUAUAUAUUCAUACUUCCUUUAAGACAAAACCUAUUGUCUUAGCAUACUUCUUCUUCCCCAUUUCACCUAUAUAUAUACACCUCCGAUUUCGGUUUUCAAGUUUACUCCUAAAACUUGCUGUGGUUCUCGUUUUCAAGCUUAAAGCUUGCUUUGUCACUCUAAAUCGCUGAUUUUAAGCCAAACCCCUGCCGGAUUUUCGUCAGAUUUUCGAAUUUUUCGACUGAGUUUGCUCGGAGUUUCUCGCAAUCGACUGCUGUGGUUGUGUGUGAAUCGUUUACUCUGUGUUGUCUCGGUUACCUUCGAUUUGCAUUGACCCGAUUUGGGAUUAGGAUUUUUCGAGUAAGUUAAGGGCUUGUUUGGCUUGUGAUUAUUUGAAUUUGGGGUGUUUAAUCUUAAGGCUGCGUUUGGCUAAUCUGAAUUAUCUGGGACUUUAGGCCGUGUUUGGAAUUCUACCUUGUGGAGUUUAAUUGUUUAGUGCCAUUUAAAUUAAUUAACUUUUAAUUCGAUAUUAUUUUAAUAUUUCGAAUUAUUAAUUAAUUAAUUAAGCUUUAAUUAAUAGUUGAAAUUUGCGAGACAUUUGAGAAUUCACUUUUAAUUUGAAAAAUUCUCGCUUAAUUCAAUUUUUAAUUAUUAAAAAUGGCCGGAGAAUUUGUGGUUGCUGAGACUAACUACUGUGCCAGCCUUAACCCCGAUGACUGUUCUGAUAGAUUCCGGACUUGGGUUAGAUUUCUUUCGCGACAGAGUUUAGUCAGUACGGCACUGACUGCAGAUAUUUCGAUUAAGCUGCAACCUCUUUUUGACUUCUACUCAAAUGCUGUCAAUUCUACGACUCUGGAGAAUUACAAGAUAAUAGGGGAUUUACCUAACCGGAAGAGGAUUGUAAUCACUGUCGAUGAUGUGAACCGGAUCUUAGGACUUCCCAGGGACAAUUUUGAGCCAGAUCCCUCAGAGGAUGAAUUGAGACAGUUCUUUCAGGAUAUUCACUAUCAGGGUCAGAUUUUUCUCCCGAAGAUGUCAAAGGGAAAUCUGAAAGCUGAAUGGGAUGUGUUCUUUGACACCCUUGCCAAGGUGUUUGCUCCCACAAAUAGAAAGAAUUUUGGCAAUAUAUCUUCAAUGCUGCAGAUCUUUGGAUUCAGCAUAGCUUACAACCGUCGAAUCAAUUUUGGGAAGAUAUUGCUGAGGGAGAUUAUCAGGAAGAUGGGGUCUGUUGCACAGAGAUCAAUUCAAAAGAAUGACAAAGUUGAAUGCUUCUACCCCAGAUUCCUGAUGUUGUUUAUGAAUGAUAAGAUGAAUGCUGAUGAUAGGCACAUGUACGUCGAUUCUCCUGUUGUUCCUAUUCAGAGGACUUGUGCCAAGAUCCAAACUAGGCUGGUCAACAAGAAAAAGCAUGACAAUGUACCACUUGUGGUGACUCCAUUCAUGCUCGAGCAAUUCAGUGUUCCUUUUCAGCCAGUACAAGUUCCAGAGCCACUACAACAGCAACAAUAUCAACCACAACAACAACAACAAGCUCAACAACAAGAACAACCGCAACAACAAUCUCCUCCACAAAACCCUCAACCACUUCAACUCCUCCAAGACUACCAAUCAUCCAGCCAAUCCUCACAUUACUCUCCUUACAACCCUCCUUACAAUUCACCACAACAAUCACCUCACCAAUCAGAUUACACUUCUCCUCACCAAUCUCAACAUCAAUCCCCUCCACAAUACAACUUCUUCCCAGACCAACAAGCCUCCAUUCUUCCCUCUCCAUCUGAACCAACACCUUCACCUACACAUACACAUACCUUUCCUCAACCACAAUCCACCUCUCAGCCUCUGCCUGCUGAUUCUGCUAUCAAUCCAGAGCUACAGGACUUCAGAACAGAUUUACAGGUAGCUCAGGUACUUUCUAAUCUCACUGAUACCUUUAAUAUUGCUAUUGCAGAUUUUGAUUGUGAUAUUGGAUUUGAUUUCCAGCCUCCCAGCAUUGAACCUGAAAACACCCAGGUUCAUAUCCAAGCUGAUGUUUCCGUUUCAACAACUGAUUCUUCGUCAAACACAUCAACCGACACUACUCAUACACCAGUUGUUAGAAAGGUAGCCCGGAAACGGAGUGGGAGUGCAAUUCUGAGAGAACCCGCAGCUCUGUCUCAUAAGAAGCAAAGGGUGGCAGAACCGGAGACAACUGCAGCCACAUCCAUUUCCUCCCAAAAGGAUUUGGACACUGACAUGGAUCUACUUGGCAACCUGCAAGUACAUCCGCCUUCACAGGCAUUCGGAGGACAAUUUGUUUCUUCACCUCCUACAGUUCCAUCUCAGGGAACUAUGGUUGUAUAUACAGGUACUGGUGACGGUGUGACAAACACGAGUGAAAUCAGGCAAACACCGAGCGAAACACAUGCACGAGAGGAUAGUGAAAAAUCUUUGAGUGUUCGUGAGGUGAGUGCACACACCAACACAGAUCUGUUACAGGAACAAAUGGCUGCUCUCAGGGCUGAGAUAGAAAGGUUGAAUGCUGAGAAUGCAAGAUUCAGAAGUGGAGAGUUGGUGACUCUACAAGAAAAGGUUGUUGAUCCUUCAUUUUCUUCCCUCAAACAGGAAUUAGAUGCUCAUGUCAAGGGUAUUCACUCUAGGAUGGACAAAUUUGAUACAACUCAGGAGCUCUGUUUGACGAAGCUUGACAACUUGGAGCAAACUUUGGCUCAAGUUGUUCAACACUUAAAGAUCAAUCCAUCAACAUCUCAGUCUACUCCAGAGGAUCCCUCAACUAAGGGGGAGAAGGAUAAGGAUGACAAAGAUAAGGAUGACAGCAAUGGUGGUGGUGGUGGCAAUGGUGGUGACAAUGGUGGUGAUACUGAUAGGAGUGAUAAGGGUGGAGAAGGAGCAAGUGAAAAAGACUCUUCUGCAGCUAGCAAAUCUAAAGGCAAAAUGCCUGAAACUGAGAACAUCUUCACUAAUCAGGAUUAUGACAACAUUCCUGAAGAUGUUGAUGAUGAUGAUGCAUUUGACUCUGCUUAUUUUGAAGCUGAGGAAGAAGGUCGUUUCGAGGAAGGCUUUCUUUUCAAUGAAGAUCAGUCUGUAGAUCCUGAGCACAUGGAAAAGGUCAAGAUGUUCAAAGCUCAACAUGAAGCUAGCAAAGCAAAGCUUCAGGAACUGCAGAAACUGGUAGAUGAAAAGAGGACAACUGAUGAGUUGGUCAAGCUGGAGAAACAGAAAUUGUGGGAUGCUAAGUGCAAGGAAAAGAGAGAGGAUAUCUCCAGAAAAGUUGGUGAAAGCUGGGAUAUUGCAAGGCAAAUCCUCUCUGGACCUCAAAGGGAACCUUUCAAUGAUGGUAAAUUCAAAUCCUUCAUUUAUGACCUGAGAGAGGCUAACCCUAAUGAAGAUAUGUUUAUGCGUGCUCUUGCUCUCGAGUUAGAAUAUAUAACUAUUGGUGUCAAGAAUCUUCUCAAUGAAUGGGAGAUCAUUAUUUCUACUCAGAGAAACGGAACAUUCAGGGUUUCAAUUGAUUUAUUCAAGUUUCUAUCUCUAACUGAAAUCUGGGUGAUUCGUAACAAGAUCAGACGCAGCUCGAAUCUGAAUGAACUCCUACGUGACAGACUUAUGGAUUGUGCUAUUCAUAACAGUCCACAAGUUGUCAGAAAGCCUUACUGUGUCAAGUUCAUUCACGAGAGAAAAUUUGGAACCUUCUACCUGGACCACCAACAUCUUCUUAAGUAUGAUGUGAGUCAGUUGGUUCUUGUAUCUACAAUUCUACGUACCAAGGGCUUCGCUACUAAGGCCAAAGCUGAUGCUGAUACUGAGAUUGUGAACUACUGCACAAGGAGAAAUAUUCAGCAAUACUUCAGGAAGAUGAAGUAUAUCAACCAAUCUCAGCCAGCAGAUUUCAUCGAAGACCCUGUGGAUAUUGAGGUUCAAUAUUAUCUCUCAUUGGCUCGUGAAAGAAAGAAGCGUGGAGAAUCCACUGCAGCUGAAGAGCCUACUCAGAAUGAGCCUUCUACUCCAAUCAUUCACUGUUCAGAUGCAGAGGAAGGAGAAGUCACUCGUUCUGAGUGAAUAGAUUGAUUAGGAUAUUUUGUUAGAUAUGUUCAAGGAACAUCCUUUUGUAAUCUAUUAUGAAUAUGGUUUAAUGUUUAAUGCAAGCCAUAAACUUUUGCUAUUUACAUUCCUUUGUUUAAAUCUUUGUCUUAUCUGUUAGUUGAGUUAUCCUCUAGGAAAUUUGCAUGUUAUGUUAACAAACAAAUAGGGGGAGAUUGAAAGGCAUAUGUUCAGCCUAUUUGUAUUUAAAGAGGUACAACUCAACUCAGAUAAGAAAGCUCAGUAAAUAGCAAGUCAACGGAAUCCGUACGAAGAACGUCAAAUGAUUUAUGGGAAUUAUAUGUCAGAUAAAUUCCAGGAUGCUGCUGCACACCACUGAAAGAAGUUCAUUAAUAUGUUCAAGCCUCAGUGCACAAAUAAUCUUUUGUGGCACGUCCAGGAGUUCAGAAGAUAUAAAGUUUCUAUACUUUAUUUUAUCAGAAGAUUCCAUUUAAUGAAGAAGUACUUACAAGACGAAGACUCGACGAACAAAUCAAAUUCUUAAUGUUUAUUUGACAAAGAAUAUUUGAGUUAACUAGAUACAGAUGAACCAGACAGUGCAUUUGUGUAUCAGUUAUUCAAAUUGAAUAUUUGAAGUCAAGCAGAGUUGGUGGUUCGUUCGUUCGACUGAUCAAGACGGAGUUAUUAAUGUUUAAAGAAGACGGGAAGCAAUUCUACUGAAGAAUGGGUGAUUUAAUAUUUAAUAGAUUAUUAUUUCACUUCUCAAAUAAUUAAAUUAAUUAUGUAAUUUAUUUGUUAAAUUAAUUCAAUCUCGAAUUAAUUUAAUUUAUGAAUUUAUAUGAUUAAAUUAAUUAAGUGGAUAAUUUUCUAUUUAAAUAUAAUCUACAAAUUACAAUCAAUCAUCCACUCAAGCUCAGCAAGACAAUCAAAAUUGUCUUACCGAAUAUUUCAGCUGUCAAGACAAUCAAAGAUUGUCUGACCGAAUGAUUGUCUGGAAGACAAUGGCUGUGGCUUCCAAGACAAUCAAAGAUUGUCUGACCGAAUGAUUGUCUGGAAGACAAUGGCUGUGGCUUCCAAGACAAUCUAAGAUUGUCUGACCGAAUGGUUCUCAGCAAGACAAUCAAGAUUGUCUGCCCGAGAAUGCUCUGCCAAGACAAUCUUAUAUUGUCUGACCGAAUGCAAUCUGCCAAGACAAUUAGGCAUUGUCUGACCGAGAUAAAUUGUCUGCAAGACAUUCUGUGACUUCCCAGACAAUCAAAUAUUGUCUGACCGAAUGAAGAUCAGCAAGACAAUCUGAGAUUGUCUGACCGAAUGGAAAUUGUCUGACCGAGCUCUGUAUUGUCUUGCUAGCCUUAAAAUUGUCUUUCUGCCAUGCUUUUGGCUUGCUAGGCAAUUGUAAUUGUCUUGCCCUUGCUAGAUUGUCUUUUCUACUUGCAAUUGUCUUGUCUUUCAAUUGUCUUACAAGUACAAAUGCUUUGCCUAUAAAUAUGGCAUUGCAUCCUUCAUUUUUAGUGUUCAUUCACUUUGUAUUCAAAGCAUUUGUAAAGCUUUCAAGUUGUUCGUAACUUGCUUGAUCGUUAUAUCCACAGUUUUCUGUGCUUUGAUAACCCGGUUGUUUUAAUCACUAAAUCUAGAAUAUACCCUGUCGAAUUUAUUCUACGAACUUUAGUGGACAUUAAAACUGAACCAUUUUAAUUAUAUAACGACUUCAAACAUUGUUAUAUUAAUUAAUUAUAAUCUGAUUAACAAAUCAUAUUCAAUCAGAUUCACUUCCGCGACGAUUUGGUACUGAUUGUAUUCAACCCCCCCCUUCUACAAUCAUAU